AUGCCCCCGUCCAAAUCUUCCAAACCGACCCCCUAUCCCCUUCCACCGCAGAACACGCCCUCGGACGAGCCAGACGCCUGGACAGACCCGCCACCCAGAGCGCCCACUCCGCCGUCCGUGGCACCCGUGAUCCGGAUCCUGGCGCCGACCCCGGAGAGCGAGGGCCUGGUCCCGCUGGGCCUGCGGCGGAGACCCGGGUCACGAGCCACGACAACGACAAUGACAACGCAGCCCGCCUCACAGCCCUGGACGGACGAGCUGGUCAAGAAGACGAUCAACACGGAGAGCGCCUUCGACGACGACUCGUCGUCCUCUUCCGCCUCGUCCCACUGCCCCUCGCCGUCCCCUCCUUCCUCCGACCUGGACGGCGAGCCCGAGGACUACUGGCCCCAGACCGUCAGAUCGCCCCCCAGUCGCUCACCCGGCCGCAGCGCAUCCAUCUCGACCACACCGCCCGAUGGCGCAGCAACGGGCCACUGCGCCGUCUGCAACGCGGGGCCGGCGGCCCGGGGGCGGCGGUCAUCCUACCGGGGCCACAUCAAGCUGCUCUCAACGUCGCGUACCGCGCCGCAGGCGGUGUGGGCGCUAGGUGGGAAGUCGGUGCUCAAGGAGCGGGAGGGUGACCGCGGGCAGCUGGCGUACGAGGCGCGCAACCUGGCGUUCGCCCGGGCCGCGGUGUCGUCCGGCACGGUGGCGGUGGCGGUGCCCGAGGUGCUGGCUAGCUGGAGGGAGGAAGCCGUAGACAAAAACGAAGAAGAGCGAAGGGGCGACGGCGGUGACGGGGACGCGGCGUUCCUCCUGAUGUCGCGAGUGCCCGGGCAUACGCUGGCGGCGGCCUGGGCCGGGCUCGGACCGGAGGAGCGUUCAGGGGUCGCCCGGGCGGUCGCAGGGUGGCUGCGCGAGAUGCGCAAGAUAACCAGCGACGCGGUGGCCGGGGUGGACGGCGGGCCGCUGAUGAACACGGGAGCUUUCUUUGGAUGGCAGCACGACGAACCCGUUGGGCCGUAUGUCUCGGAUCAGGCUGUCUGGGAUACCGUGGCGCGCACGCUCGAUGCGAGAGAGGUGCCGCCACUUGAGGGAAUUCGGUACCGGGAGGAGACCCAGCUCCUGAAGGACCGCGUGCCUCGGAUGGGCCCGUAUGUGUUCACGCACGGGGAUCUGACGGCCAGCAACAUUAUCGUGAAGGACGGGAAAUUUGUUGGCCUUGUAGACUUUGCGGCCAGUGGGUUCUACCCGGUUUGGUGGGAAUGGGUUCACACACAUGAUGUGGAUGAUGCCGUGGAUAUGGAAUGGAAAACGGAAUUGCGCAAGUACAUGGACCAUGGAAUUCCCGGACUUGACUUCAAGAAGGCGUUGGAGUGGUAUAAUUACUGGGGCCACCUAAGAAGCUCGAGGCCGUUUUCUAACAAGACACUUGAAUCGAAGAGAGAUCUUGGUGAGUUGGAUCGCAACUAA